AUGGUUUUUUUAUUUUAUAAGAAUUUUAUAUUCUUUUUAUUUUUUUUAAUUUUUUUAUUACUUACAAUAGCUAUAACUACUUUGGUUGAACGUAAAGUAAUGGCUUCUAUCCAAAGAAGAAGAGGACCAAAUGUAGUAGGAAUUUUCGGAUUCCUUCAACCGAUAGCAGAUGGUUUAAAAUUAUUUAUAAAAGAGAUAAUUUUACCAAGUAAUUCAAAUGUUUUUAUUUUUUUAUUAGCACCAGUAUUUACUUUUUUUUGUAGUAUUAUGUUAUGGGUAGUAAUACCUUUUGGUGAAGCUAAAGUAUUAAUUGAUUUCCCUUUUUCGAUUUUAUACUUACUAGCGGUGUCUUCCUUAGGUGUCUAUGGAAUUAUAUUUUCAGGAUGGUCUAGUAACUCGAAGUAUGCUUUCUUAGGGGGGUUGAGAUCAGCAGCGCAGAUGAUAUCUUAUGAAGUUUGUAUUGGAUUUGUUUUUAUUGUGAUGAUAAUAAUGACUAAUAGUUUCAGUUUAGUGGAAAUAGUAAAAAGUCAAGAAUAUGUAUGGUUUAUUUUCCCAUUAUUUCCGUUAUGGUUAGUGUUAUUUGUUUCUGCAUUAGCAGAAACAAAUAGAGCUCCUUUUGAUUUACCUGAAGCAGAGGCAGAAUUGGUAGCAGGUUAUAAUGUAGAAUAUUCUUCUAUUGCAUUUGCUCUGUUUUUUCUUGCGGAGUACGGUAACAUAGUUUUAAUGAGUGCUUUAAUGACAAUUUUUUUCUUUGGUGGUUGGUUACCUUUUCCAUUUCUUUCAUUUUUACCAGAUUUUAUAACUUUUGCAUUAAAAGUAACAAUACAUGUUUUUAUUUUUGUAUGGAUUAGGGCAGCUUUUCCACGUUAUAGAUAUGAUCAAUUAAUGAAAUUAGGAUGGAAAGUGUUAAUGCCUAUAAGCGUGUGUUUUGUUUAUAUAAUUGGUUUUAUUUUAUUAAAUAUUUAUGUUUUAUUAUAG